CGGGAUGUCAGUCACCCAUCACGAUGGACGAUGAUAUCGUCCAUCGGCACAACCCUACUUCUUAACAGGUUCCUUUUCCAUCAUAUUUUCAAUCAAGAAGAGGUUGAUCAGGAUAUCAGCAAAGAAAAAACGUGAAAACGUUUACAAAAGACGUUGUAUGUUUGCCAUUUUCUCCAAGGGAAUCAGUUUUCGUCAUACCUAGAGGAGAAAACAGAAGUCGCUUGGCUCAAGCUGGUCUAAUUGGAAAAAUUUCCUUUACCACCGAGUGGUCUGAAGAUCAGCUCAGAGAAGAAAUUUCUGCUAUCUUCAGAGGAUCAUUUGGCAUCUCCGAGCAUGAUGUUUUCCCUUUUCAGUACUUGAGCACAAUAAAAGGGUGCAAAAAAUUAAUGAAGCCCAAUGUCACACUCAACGUUCCCUGGGGGGGGAAAGAAGUUUCUUCUGUUUGCUCAAAUACCUGUCUUUACAUUAUGGCUGAAAUGGAAAUGCCAACACAGGUGAGCUUGAUAGUGAAAGUACUGGUAAACCUUUUUCAUGUAAUAUUAUUUGCAUGCGAUUUUUGUUAAAAUUAUUUAGAUAUGAACAUAACUAAGCACAGCAUCAUCUUUACAUGUGACACUUUUUAUUGUUGUAAAUUGUUUUUGCAAUCACAAAUUAACUUUGAACAUUUAGUCAUGCUUGUAAUGUCUAAAUUACAAUUUAUAUGCUUUUAAAAUUGCUUUCUUACACAAAAUUUCCACAUCUUAUCAUUCAGCACAGAGUUUUUGACACGGAUGACAGUGACUUUGAAAGUCCAACUUUUCAGAGUAGAGAUCUUGAGACAUUGGAGCAAUCUAAUGUUGACGGUCCAUAUGAACCAAUGGAGGCAGAUGCCACAAAUCGAGAACAUGAGACCGAACAAGGAGGCACUCGUUUCUCUGAUUUCAUACCACUUGAUUUCGAAGAAGAGGAGGCAGUCUAGGAAGCCAUCAGACGCAGUUUGGAAGAAGAAACUGUCCAAAGCACCGAUAUGCUUUAUGUAACAUUUGCCAGUGAUGAAAACACCACAGAAGAUGCAGAAGAUCUUGGAGGUCCCCGUCGAGAAUUCUUUCGCUUGCUUGUUAAAGCAAUUUUCCAAGAAAGUGGGGCAUUUGAGGAGUCCCCCAAUGGCUUCAUUCCAAGACUAAAUGUUUCGCAUGUCCAAAAUCGAGUCUACCGCACUAUUGGUCAGAUGAUGUCUACCAUCAUUGUCCAAGGUGGAGAAUGUCCUGCUCUCCUUUCGUCUGUUGUCUUGGACUACCUGCUGACUGGGCGUAUGUUCGACAUCCGCGUUUCUCCAGAGGAUGUUGCCGAUGUGGAACUUAGAGACAGCCUCAAGACAAUUGAUCAAGCAACAACUGAUGAUGAUCUGCAACGAGCAAUAGAAUCCUGUGAGUCAUGGAGGUACCAAAUUGAAGGUCUUCCAAACCCUGUUACCAUGGACAACAAGGAUGCAUUUGUUAAAAAUGCUAUAAUUUUCCAUGUUCUACUACAACGAAAGAGCUGCUACGAUCAGUUAGCUGAGGGGUUGGAAUGUUAUGAGCUCUUACCACUUCUGAAAGAGAACCUUCCCCUUCGGGUUCUUUUAGAGAUGCCCAAGGUUCGCAGUGAUCUUACAGCAGAUGUGGUUGCUACCCUUCUGAAGCCCAGCUACUCCGUUCUGGGAAGCAACAAACGACCAAAAGAAGAGCUGAUGGUGGUUAAGUUCAGAGAUUUCCUCAAUAGUGUUCAAGAAAGAGAAGUUGAGGAAUGUCUUCAUGGCAGAACCCUGACAGAAGCAGAGAAGACCUUUCUCAGAAAUUUAAAUCCUGGACAUAUUCUCGCCUUUGUGACUGGAAGUAGCAGAGUUCCAGCAGUUGGAUUUCAACCAAGUCCAAAGUUAAGCUUUGUUCAUAAUGAAAACAAGUACCUUCCAGUCGCUCAUACAUGCUCAAAUGAGCUUGAAAUCUUUGUAAAUUCCAAAAAUCUAGCUGACAAUGAUGAGUUUGAAUAUAACUUCCUAGUAGCGCUUAUGAAUGGAGCAAAUUUUAGUGCAGUUUAAAUAAACAUGAAAAUAUAUUCCAGGGAAAAGGGUCCAGGUGAGUAAGAAGGGAAAAUAAAGUGGAGAAGAGAAGAAAUGUAGAAGAAUGGAUACGUUAUUUGUAUUAAUCCAAAACACCUCAGGGAUGUUUUUCUGGUUUUUUUUACUUCUGUAUUAAUAAAUAUAAAAAAUUUGCCUUUGUAUGGAGUUUUGCUAUGUUUAAAUGUUAUUAAUAAUUUUAGUUAAUUCAUAAAAGCAGGAAAAUGUGCUACUUGUGUCUUUGUUGAGGAUCUGUUUCUGCUGUUUGAUGAGCAAAUUGUAUUUAAUUAAACAAAAACAGGAAAUGUUGAACGGUUUUCUUUUUUC